GUCCCGCAUCGGGCUCCCUGCUCGACAGGGAGUCUGCUUCUCCCUUUCCCACUCCCCGUUUGUGUUCCCUCUCUCGCUGUGUCUUUCUCUGUCAAAUGAAUAAAUAAAAUCUUAAAAAAAAAAAAAAAAAGAAGUUCUUAGUGAGGAAAGAUGCUUCAGAUAUUCUUUUUCUCUGCCAUUAUUGUCUCAGCAGUUUUGAAUUUUGCAGGACUCAUUGUGAAUCUGUUUAUCGCAGUGGCCAAUUAUCAGACUUGGCUCAAAAGCCCCAGAAUCUCCUCUUCUAAUAGGAUCCUCUUCAGCUUGGGCAUCACCAGGUUUCUUAUGCUGGGACUGUUUCUACUCAACAUCAUCUACUUCUUUAUCUCUCCAAAUGUGGAAAGAGAUCUUCAGAUCAUCUUUUAUGGCAGUUCCACAAAUCUUCGAGGCUUUACUGGGGAGAUUGUACCUUAUGAGAGGAUCAUUAUUCACCCAAACUUCACUGUUACCUCUCCUAAAGAUGACCUCAUGCUGAUAAAGCUGCCUCUACCUUUUACCUUCUCCACCAAAAUUUUUCAGUUGCCUACUCUCAAGAAUGCAGUUAAAGAUUGCUUGAUUCACACUUGGUUAGACAACAAAGACUUUAUUGGAAAUUCAAACCAUAAGCUGCAAAGAGUCAAGAUUCAAUUGAGCUCUAAUAUAAACUGCAAAAAAUUACUGGGUGAAAAACUCCUUGAAGACAUGUUCUGUAUAGGACCCAUGCUAGGAAGCCAAGAGCCCUGCAAGGUGGUCACAGCUGCACCAGCCAUAUGUGGCGGUGAAUUACGAGGAAUUUUGUCUUGGGAAACUGGAUGUAUUCUAACAGGAUACACUGUUGUCUUCACUGACCUACACAGCUACAUUCCAUGGAUCAAGAACAUUAUGUCUACAAAAUAAGCUGAUAUAGAGCUCCAUUGACACCUUUACCUCCGAGCUGAUCCACAGCAACCACAUUAUGUAUCUCAGUUCCAGUCUUUCCUAGGAUCUAGGCUUGAUUGGAGUUCCAAAAGAGAUCGUUGACUCCUGGGUGUUGGCAUGACUCUAGUCUCUUUAACUGCUUCUUUGCUUAUUCCUAACUCAUGACUUUUUAUAACAUUGAAAACAUGAGUGCUGGUCAGGAAGUGGAAUUCACCCAGGAAUCUUUUUGGAUUCUACCAACUCAGGUAUUUCUGUUAAAAUACUCUCUGCUUUAUCUUAAUGCAGAAAACAAGUGGAAAUGAGGGAUAAUAACUACCAGGAGUCUAUUUGGGCAAAGUGUAACCAUAUAGCUGAGCAGUAAUUUGCCAAAAGUUGGUCAGAUGAUUAGUAAUUUUUCUAAUGACCAAGUAUCUUCUGUGUAAAUUGUGUGUGUGUGUGUGUGUGCAUGGGUGGUUGUAGUUAGUUCCCGUUAGUUACUUAAAAGAUCUAUAGAAUUCAGAUUUGCUUAGGUUUACUGAGACCGCCCAAAGGUCAUUGUAAUAUUUGGAAUAAAUAAUGAUUUCUGUAUUUUGAACAAAAGCUGUAAUGCAUAUUCAUAAAUGAUAGGAUGGGAUUUUUCCCAAUACAUUUUCCUUCUGGUUUACUGCUUUUUAUUUAAAAUCACACAUACUUGCUUAAAGGGGCACAAACUGGUGGAGUUCAUGAGGAUUUUGCCUUGGAGCU